GUGAAUAGGACUGUCAACACUAUAUAAGCUCACAUUUACCACUGUGCACAAAGAAGAGAGCUGCCCGCCCCUGCCAUAGAGAGUCCUGAGACCAUGAAGAUGAGAGUUGUUGUGUUGCUGGCUGUGAUCGCUAUGUUCUGUGCUGCCGACGCUCAGACAUGUGCUAUGGAUAAUCUGAUGAGCAGCCUGACCCAAUCCGUGGCCUCUGCAGUGCUGCAGAAAGUGACUCUGUCCUGCAUUGAUGUCUCAGCGAGAGGGAGCCUGGUGAAUUGCCCCAGAGGUUACAAGCCGACAUGCUGCUCCUGCGGUAAAGCCUGUGGCUCCUGGGAUAUCCGCAAUGACCAGACCUGCCACUGCCAGUGUGCGAACCAGGACUGGACUUCUGCACGCUGCUGCAAGAUAGCCGUGAUCUUCAGGACCGUCAACGGUGUAAUGAACGGAACCAACGUCGACGUCUUGACAGAUUUAAACACAGAUAUUGUUUAAAGAUUGGUGUGAGGCUUUUAGUUUUCAAGCUCCUUCACUUUUUUGGAACUCACAUCCAGCUUUUAUCUAGAAUGCUGAGUAUUUUUAAAUCGAAGCUCAAAACAUAUCUCAUUGAUUUGAACUUUCGCUAGUGAAUAGUCUGGAGCUAUUUUGGCUUGCCCUGUGAUUCUUGCACCUAGCUCUAUAAAUGAUACUGGUAUGGGCAUUGUUAUGGUAUUGAAUAAAAAGGGUCUAAAAAAAACAUAAAAAUUUUCUUACUCA